AUGGAAACAGACUCUGGCACCUCGUCAACAUUCCUUCCUUCCACAGUCUGUUCUUCUACCUCUACCCUCACUACCCAGACACCAGCUGUAACUACAACACCAACAAACGCUGAUUUCGAAGAGCCUCUUCAAGCGAGGUUUCUUGUUCUCGAAAGGAAGUUAUGGGAACUCGAAGUGAAUGCUGAGAGAGAUGUAGGAUCUAGUAUUGAUGUCGGUGAAUUGGAUAACAUGCAAGAUAUGCAGAGGGGAGCGAGUGAAGUUAGAAGCGUGGAAGAUACGGAAGUUGACAGAGAAGACGAGAGUGUAAUUGAAACAGUGAUUGAUGAAAAACUACAUUAUCAUCAAAUACUUCGUAAGCUUGGCUUUGACGGGAUCAACUGUCUGGAUGAUAUCUGUACGGGUCUCGAUAGAGUUAUAUGA